AAAAAUAACUGAAAUAAACUUGAAUUCGAGUUCAAGAAUCGGAUUAGAGUUGGAGAGCUGCUAAAAGCUGCGGGAAGGAAGGGAAGAAAAGAGGGACGGGAAGGCGAGUAAGCAGGGACGAAACCCUAGAAAUGGCGGAGAAAUUGGCUCCUGAGAAGCGUCACAGCUUCAUCCAUGGAGGUCAGAAGGUUUUCGAGUGGGAUCAAACGCUUGAGGAGGUAAACAUUUACGUAGCGCUUCCUCCGAACGUUCCUUCAAAGCUGUUUUACUGCAAGAUUCAGUCCAAGCACGUUGAAAUUGGGAUUAAAGGCAACCCUCCAUAUCUUAAUCAUGAACUCACCUGCCACGUGAAGACUGAUUCUUGUUUUUGGACCAUAGAGGAUGAUACUAUGCACAUGACACUGCAGAAGAGGGACAAAGGUCAGACAUGGCCAUCUCCUAUAUUAGGCCAGGGUCAGCUAGAUCCUUAUGCUACUGAUCUUGAACAGAAGCGCCUCAUGCUGCAGAGAUUUCAGGAAGAGAACCCAGGUUUCGACUUUUCACAGGCUCAGUUUACAGGGAACUGUCCUGAUCCAAGGACAUUUAUGGGAGGUAUCCACUCUGGUUGACAAUUAUGGUAUGCCACUGGCAUAAUGAAUCAUGUAGGGUGCCUUCUGUGAAGUAAGAUCUGGAUAAUGGUUAGUUGUAUAUUAUAGUUAUACUACCUUCUUUCUGAGUGCAAAUGCUGCUUCCCAAUCAUAUAGUUUGUGUUCACCCACUUGAUGUAGUAUUGCAUUUGUAGCCCUGCAAUCUAUAAUAAGCUGCUUUAAGGAUUGACAAAA